GGUACAUCCAGGACGAGAACCUCUGUUUCGAAGCCCAGCUGUCCAUGGGGCUGUCGUCUAUGACGUCGGACCCGGAGAUCUGGGUUCGGCAUGCCACUCAAUCACCUGCGCACAUGCGUUUCUUGGUUACCUUCGCAUCUGGCACGGAUGCACCAUCCAGACCACUUUCGGACCUCGGUACGCGCAUUCGUCCUCCACCUUCGCCAGCGGUGGGUGGAACUGCACGUUGCCCCGUUCACACUACGCGGAUUCCGGUGGCUCCAAGUCCACAACCUUCCCAAGGCGCCUCCUUUAUUCCUCCUCCAGCUCCCGCCUAUCUACAGCCCCCUUUGGUCGAUCACUUACGCAUCGGCAUUGUGAAGAGGGUGUGGGCAAACCUCCGUACUGUUGGGGGUGGUGUCACUGAAGAUGUGCAGAGGAUGCGGCAGGGCGUCAGUGCGUCCCCAUCGGCAAGGGACCAUGGAGACAUGGCCGACCGAUGCAGUCCCCGCUUGCCGAACAUCGUGCGACUGGGGCGCGAUCCAUCACCCAGCAUGCGACACGGGGAAGAAGAGUCACAUCCGCCAGUGGCGGAUGUGCCCGGACGGUCAAGAGGGAGGGGCAGUGUCCGGGGACGGGUGCCUGAAAGUGGCAGUGAAGUGGAUACAGGUGAUGACGCCACGCAGCCCGAGGGAGGCGAUGUGUCGGGGAGGAGGAGAACCAGGCCAUGGCUGUUGGAGGAGCGCCUUGAUCUGGCGAGGUUCAUGAAGGAGGAUGACGCCAUGAUGAUGAUGGCGUCUGGUCGGCUGAAGCACGCGAGAAGGUCAGUGAGGAACGAGUGGGUGUCCAAGAAGAUGAAGGCAGCAGGUUGGAUCAGGUCGGCAGAAGACUGCAGGAAGAAGUGGUGCGACCUCAUGAAGGACAUCCUGCAAAAGUGUAAGGCGUCGGGGAAGCCCUCAUAUUGGGAGAUGAGCGACGAAGACAGGAAAAGGGAGAGAAUCCUGACGACGUUUGAGCAGCCGCUGUGGGAGAAGAUGGAGUGGGCACAUUGAAGGCCGCCACUCGCCCGUGACAAUACCAUGGCAUCAUCAAACUUACGAGGUGCUGAAAGCUGUGUUUUCGAUAAGGAAACACCCACUG